UGUUUUAAAUCGAAUGACCAAAGUACCCUCGGAUACUCUAACCACUGGGAAAACCCCCCAUCCCCACCAAGCCCUAGGCCUCGGAUACCCUGGUCGCCGGCGAGGGGCUCCUCUUCGACAUUGUUAGUGCCGGCGGUAGACCUCACCGUUGACUAUGCUCUCGCAAGCGGGGGGUGUAAGUUUCUGGAAUUUCUCCCUCGCGCUGCCAUCUUUCCACUCUUCCUUUCUCCGUCAUCUCAACAGCCUGUCCUCGAAACCAGCACAGAAAAGAUAGCACAUUAUCCUUCUUUCAACCCCGUACUGGCUGCAAACUCUACUUUUCAUCGUCAACGAAGUUUCUGGCCACGAAAAUUUCAGCUAUUAUUCUCUUUCUCUCUUCAUUUCCCGACCCAACUCCUAUCUGGGUGGCUGCUGCUGGCAAAGCACCUUCACCGGCCGUUUCCAAAGAGGAGGAAGGAAGAUUUAUAAAGGGAAAGUGACUUUGUAGCUCCUUGAUUGUUCUUUGCCUUUGAGAGUGAGGGGAAUGAGAUGAAAAGGGUCAUCAACUUCAAACGCUGUUUGUUGCUCAACAUCUGUAACAAAACCCACAUGGAUGUACAAAAAAGCUUCCAAUGUGCCUUCUCGAGUUCAACUGCUUGCUCUCCUACAGGAGAAGGUCACCAAGUUAUUGAUGAUGGGACUAUCACCCUGCAAGAAUGGCAGUCUUGGGGCACAGUAUCUCCCUUUCCUGCGAUGGUUAUAGAACUCAUUGCGGAUUUGAAGGUUUUGGAGAGAGAAAUGAAUGGCCAUUUAAGUUUUGGUGGAACUGGUGGGAAACUCCAGGGAGACUUCAAGAUUCAGGAGGAUAAAAAACACAGAGCGAGGUAUCAGGCUUUAGGUGAUUCUGAAAAGAAGCUCCAAUUCUUUGCAGCUCGACAAAUAGCUUGUCGUUUGCUUGGAAGCAGGGGCUAUCUCUGUCAAAAGUGCUGGCUUCCGCUGAAAGACUGCAUGUGUUCAAAAGUCAUGUGUUGCACUUUAUGGCAACACAUUAGAUUUUGGAUAUAUAUGCAUCCAAAGGAUUUCCUACGGCAAAACAAUACUGGGAAGUUGUUGUGGCAAGUAUUUGGUGUUCAAGCUGCAACUUUAUGUCUCUUUGGCAUUGCUGAACAUGAAAAAAUGAUGUGGAAUGCAGUCAGCCUUGCAGGGAAAGGCAAUGUUUGGUGCCUUUAUCCCAAUAGGAAUGCACCCACAAUGUCAGUUCAGGAGUGCUUUGCUCAAGAAUCUUCAGAUCUAGAAUGUUCAGUGGCAAAGAAUCUUAGCGGAAUAGCAGAGACUUCAUCCAAGACUUUUUGGACUCUUUCUGUAGAUCACAAGACAAAUGGAGAUAAAACCCUACACUUUAUUUUGGUUGAUGGCACUUGGAACAAUUCUGCUGCAAUGUUCAGGCGCUUGAAGGAACAAGCAAAGGUAGUGUGGGGAGAUGAAGAUCUUCCCUGCAUAUGUUUAGCGGCAGGUGCUUCUGCAAUGCAUAGGCUUCGACCGCAACCAUCAUGGGAUCGUACCUGUACGGCAGCAGCUGCUAUUGGCAUCCUAUCCGAGCUUCAUUUGCUUCCAUCAUUUAGCUGUUACAGGUUGGAUGAACAGGCUGAAGCACUAGAAGAUACUUUAGUGGUUCUGUUAGAUGCGCUCACAUCUCGACGACUACGCAUGGGCAGGUCAAUCACACGUAGAGAGAGACACAACAGUGACAUCUGUUAAUUGCCACCAAGAAUAGCAUUUGCUGCAAAGGAAGAUCAUUGAGACGCUGAGAUUGUUCCAUCUGAAGCCUAUGUAAGCCUUGCUUAGAGGUGAAAUAGUGGUUGUAGACAAUGUAUGCUCAAGCAUUUUGGGGGUCCAAGUGCCCUCAUGUAAGGAACCACAUUGUGUUUUUACACGUUUGCAUGUUCUGUUUCGAACGGGAUCCAAAUUAUGUAUGGGUCAGCAGUCGCUAGGCUUUCUGCAAUUUUGAUUUACCAGGAGAACUUCAUUUUUUGCAGCCAUUUUGACACCUUAGUUUGUAGGCAUUGGAAACUAACGAUGGUGAUCCCAGUAUGCUGAAGGAUAAUGCUUGUUUUUGUUUUUUCGGAAAAUACAGGAAAUUUCAUUGCAGUUUUGCUUUGCUUUUGUUCCCAA